AUGGGGGACGCGGCGGCAGGGAAGGCGUCGUUCCUGGAGAUGGUCCGGUACGCGGACGCGCACGACCUGAGCCUCAUGAUGCUGGGCGUGCUGGGGAGCUUCGGCGACGGCAUGAUGCAGCCGCUCCUCAUGCUCGUGCUCGGCGACAUCAUCAACAGCUACGGCGCCGCCGGGAGCGCCGGGAGCACCGGCAGCGCCUUCAGCUCCGGCGCCGUCGACAAGUUCGCGCUCCGGUUGCUGUAUCUCGCGGUUGCAGUGGGCGCGUGCGCUUUCCUAGAGGGGGUGUGCUGGACCCGAACGGCGGAGCGGCAGGCGUCGAGGAUGCGGAGGCUGUACCUGGAGGCCGUGCUGCGGCAGGAGGUGCACUUCUUCGACGCCGCGCCCUCCUCGCAGUCCACCACCUUCGGGAUCAUCACCACCAUCUCCGACGACGCCGACACCAUCCAGGACUUCCUCAGCGAGAAGCUUCCCAUGGUGCUGGCCAACGUGACGCUCUUCUUCGGCGCCAUGUCCGUGUGCUUCGUGUUCGCCUGGCGCCUCGCGCUGGCGGGCCUCCCCUUGACCUUCCUCUUCUUCGUGCCGAGCGUGGUCCUCGGCAAGCGCAUGGUGGCCGCGGCCGGGGAGUCGCGCGCAGCCUCCAUCAUGGCGGCGCUCCCGAACCUACGCUACUUCGUGGACGCCUCGGUGGCGGCGGCCCGGAUGCGGGGGAUGAUCGAGAAGCUCCCGCCGCUCAAGGAGGCCGGCAAGAAGGGCGCCACCAAGGACGUCGUCAGGGGCCGGAUCGUGUUCAAGGACGUGCACUUCACGUACCCGUCGAGGCCGGACACGCGGGUGCUCAACGGCGUCAACCUCACCAUGUCCGAGGGCGCGACCAUCGGCCUCGUCGGCGGCAGCGGGUCGGGGAAGUCCACCGUCAUCGCGUUGCUGCAGAGGUUCUACCGCCCAGACAGCGGGGAGAUACUGCUCGACGGCGACGACAUCGGCUCGCUCAACGCGGAGUGGCUCCGGAGCAAGAUCGGCCUGGUGAGCCAAGAGCCCGUGCUGUUCGCCACGUCCAUCAGGGAGAACAUACUCUUCGGCAACGAGACGGCUUCGCCGGAGCAGAUCAUCGACGCGGCCAAGAUGGCUAACGCUCACGAGUUCAUCACCAAAUUGCCCAACGGAUACGACACACAUGUGGGGCAGUUCGGGACGCAGAUGUCGGGAGGCCAGAAGCAGCGGAUCGCCAUUGCGCGGGCGCUCAUUCGGGACCCCAAGAUCCUGCUGCUGGACGAGGCGACGAGCGCGCUGGAUUCCGAGUCGGAGCGGACGGUGCAGGACGCGCUGGACCGGGCGUCCGUGGGCCGGACCACCGUCAUCGUGGCGCACCGCCUCUCCACGCUGCGCAAGGCCGACACGAUCGCCGUGCUCGACCAGGGCCGCGUGGUGGAGUUCGGCACGCACGACGAGCUCGUCGCCAUGGACGGCGGCGAAGGCGGCGUGUACGCCAAGAUGGUGCACCUGCAGAGCUCGUCCGCGGCGCGGGCGGACGGCCCCCGCGUGGUAGAGGAGGAGGAGGAGAAGUUCCAUAGCGUGGAGAUCGCGUCGCCGGGCGGCGAGCUCCGACCUAGCCCAGUGCGGUCGUUCCGGUCUGUCGAGCCCACCGUGGAAAUCAGCCAGCCCGCGGUCCCCGUCGCGCACGCGGCGCACCCCCAAAAGUCGUUGCACCUUCGUCUGCUCAAGAUGAACCGCCCGGAGUGGAAGCAAGCUCUGCUCGGGUGCGCUGGCGCCAUCAUAUUCGGCGCGGUGCUGCCGCUCUACUCAUACAGCAUGGGCUCGCUGCCGGCGGUGUACUUCCUCACCGACCACGACCUCAUCCGCGCAAAGACCAGGGCCUACUCCCUCAUCUUCCUGGCGAUCGCCAUCGUCUGCAUCGCCGCCAACAUCGUGGAGCACUACAACUUCGCCGUCAUGGGCGAGCGCCUGACGGAGCGCGUCCGGGACCAGAUGCUGGCCAAGAUCCUCUCCUUCGAGGUCGGGUGGUUCGACGAGGACGAGAACUCGAGCGCGGCCGUGUGCGCGCGGCUGGCGACGCAGGCGACCAAGGUCCGGUCCCUCGUCGGGGACCGGAUGUGCCUGCUGGUGCAGGCCGGCGCCACGGCGUCCCUGGGAUUCGCGCUGGCGCUCUACGUGUCGUGGCGCCUCGCGGCGGUGAUGAUGGCCCUGCAGCCGCUGGUGAUCGCCAGCUUCUACUUCAAGAAGGUGCUCAUGACGGCCGGCUCCAGGAAGGCCAAGAAGGCGCAGGUGCAGGGCAGCCAGCUCGCCAGCGAGGCCGUGGUCAACCACCGGACGAUCACCGCCUUCUCGUCGCAGCGGCGGAUGCUCCAGCUGUACGAGGCCGCGCAGGUGGGUCCGAGGAAGGACACCAUGAGGCAGUCCUGGUUCUCGGGUUUCUGCCUGUGCCUGUGCCAGUUCAACGCCUCGGCGAGCACGGCGCUCGCACUGUGGUACGGAGGCAAGCUCAUGGCCAGCCGGCAGAUCAACACCACGCAGCUGUUCCAGGUGUUUUUCAUCCUCAUGAGCAUGGGGAGGGUCAUCGCCGACGCCGGGAGCUUGACGUCGGACCUGGCGCAAGGCGGGGACGCGGUGCAGUCCAUCCUCGACACGCUGGACCGUGAACCGGCGAUCAAAUCCGGCACCGGCGACGGUGCCAGCGAGUCCGACGACGACAAGGAGAAGCUGCAGAAGGGGAUCAAGGGAGCCAUCGAGUUCAGGGACGUGCACUUCAGCUACCCGACGCGGCCGGAGGUGACGGUGCUCGCCGGGCUCAGCCUCGAGAUCGGCGCGGGCAAGACGGUGGCGCUGGUGGGGCCGAGCGGGUCGGGCAAGUCGACGGUGAUCGGGCUGAUCGAGCGGUUCUACGACGUGCGGAGCGGCGCGAUCCUGAUCGACGGCAAGGACAUCCGGGGGUACGGCCUGACGCACCUCCGGUCGCACGUGGCGCUGGAGGUUCGGAGCGCGGCGGCGCUGGCCAACGCGCACGAGUUCAUCAGCGGGAUGGAGGGCGGGUACGACACGCAGAUCGGGGAGCGCGGGGCGCAGCUGUCCGGCGGGCAGCGGCAGCGGAUCGCGCUGGCGAGGGCGGUGCUGAAGAACGCGAGGAUCCUGCUGCUGGACGAGGCGACGAGCGCGCUGGACACGGUGUCGGAGCGGCUGGUGCAGGACGCCGUGGACCGGAUGCUGCAGGGGACCAGGACGUGCGUGGUGGUGGCGCACAGGCUCUCCACGGUGCAGAACUCCGACAUGAUCGCCGUGGUCAAGGACGGGAGGGUGGCGGAGAGAGGGACGCACCGCGACCUCGUAGCCCUCGGCCGCGCGGGGAUGUACUACAACCUCAUCAAGCUGCAGCACGGCGCGUCGCCCUGCCGUAGCCCGAUCCGUGCGGUAAGCAACUGAUACAGUGCAGGUCAUCUCGCUUGUGUGUAAUGUAAUCUCAGAGAGCAUUGCAUACAGUUUUUUUUU